AUGGAGCAAGAUAUGUAUAAGAUCUAUAUAUUAAUGGACGUAUUCGAUCAACCGUGGCAUCCACCAUUUGGUAUGCUGCAACACAGUGUGCUAUCCAGAAUUUAUGUCGACACAAAAUCCAAUACAUGUUUUUCUAGGUUCGACUUGAUGUUAAUUUUGAAAAAUUUGUCAACAAUACGAAAUGCCUGGACACCAAUAUUGCGUAAAUACAGUUCGGCGGGAUUACCAGAAUUGUCGCAGGUACGCUACAAUGUCAAACGUGGUAAUUAUUCCGAAUUAAACGAUCGGGAUGUAACCUUUUUCGAGUCAAUAAUUGGUGCGGCAAAUACACUGCGUGAUGGCCCAGAUGGCGAUGACUUGCAAGGUUACAAUAUGGACUUUUGGCGCAGCGUAAGAGGUAACAGUAAACUGUUGCUCAAGCCAGGAUCGGCACAAGAAAUUUCGGAAAUUUUGAAAUAUUGCAACCAGCGACAAUUGGCUGUUUGUCCACAGGGUGGUAAUACGGGUGUAGUGGGCGGUGCUGUGCCGGUUUAUGAUGAAAUUAUCCUUUCGUUAGGACGGCUGAAUAAAAUUCUAAGUAUUGAUGAUAUCACGGGCAUUGUUGCCUGUGAAUCGGGUGUCAUUUUGGAGAAUUUGGAUGCGAAAGUUCAGGAGGCUGGUUUUGUGGUUCCACUGGAUUUGGGCGCCAAGUCCAGUUGCCAUAUUGGUGGUAAUAUUUCAACAAAUGCCGGUGGUUUGCGAGUUAUACGUUAUGGAAAUCUCCAUGGUUCGGUGUUGGGUGUUGAAGCGGUUUUACCAGAUGGUCGAAUUUUGGAUUUAAUGUCGGACUUUAAAAAGGACAAUACCGGUUAUCAUUUGAAACAUCUCUUCAUUGGUUCCGAAGGUACCUUGGGUGUUGUAACAAAAGUGGCAAUAUUGUGCCCUCCUCGUUCGGAGUCUGUGCAUUUGGCAUUUUUGGGUCUCAACUCAUUCGACAAUGUCAUGCAAACCUUUAAAAAUGCCAAACGUUACUUGGGUGAGAUACUGUCGUCCUGUGAAAUGAUUGAUGAUGUCUCACUGAAUGCGGCUGUGGAAAAUAUGAAUUUGAAAUCCCCCAUAGACAGCUAUCCCUUCUACAUGAUGAUCGAAACUUCGGGCAGCAAUGCCGAACAUGACAUGGAAAAAUUGAAUAAUUUCCUUCAGCUGACAAUGGACAGGGGUGAUGUCGUGGAUGGCACCUUCACUGGGGAACCUAGUAAAAUUCUGGAAAUGUGGAAAUUGCGUGAAAUAUUAGCACCAGCAUUGGCCAAGGAUGGUCAUCUGUACACCUAUGAUUUAUCCUUACCGUUACGGUCAUUUUAUGACAUUGUCAAAGUUGUGGAAAAACGUGUCGGUCAUAUGGCAAAGAGGGUUAGCGGUUUUGGUCACUUGGGUGAUUUAAAUCUUCAUUUGAAUAUCACCACGGAAGAGUAUACCAAGGAAAUGUAUAAUGCCCUCGAACCAUUCGUUUUCGAUUAUACAUCUCAGCUGAAGGGUAGCGUCAGUGCUGAACAUGGUAUUGGAUUCCUGAAGACUCAAUAUUUGAAAAAUUCGAAAAGUUCUGAAGCCAUACAAAUGAUGCAUGAGAUUAAGGGUUUGGUGGAUCCAAACGGUAUUCUAAAUCCCUAUAAAGUUUUAAGAUCGUAA